GCAAGAUGGCAGCCGCCAGCGAGGGGAGACCGAUCUCCCUCCUGCCGCGCCGGGACGCGCCGGGCCGGCCGCCGCGGGACGGUUACGGUGUCUACAUAUACCCGAACUCUUUCUUUAGAUAUGAAGGAGAAUGGAAAGGAGGGAAGAAACACGGUCAUGGGAAGCUGGUGUUUAAAGAUGGAAGUUAUUACGAAGGCCAGUUUGUGGAUGGAGAGAUCAUGGGAGAAGGCUGCCAGCACUGGGCCUCGUCAGGGAACACCUACUGGGGCCAGUUUGUUCUGGGGGAGCCUCAAGGACAUGGCAUCAUGCAGUACAAAGCUGGCGGACGUUACAAAGGGGAGCUCUCCCAUGGCGUGAGAGAAGGACACGGGUGUCUGGUGGACCAGGACGGACAAGUGUACCAGGGGGCGUUCCACAACAACAAGCGGCACGGCCGGGGGCACAUGGUCUUUCUGAAUGGUGACAAGUAUGACGGCAACUGGGUCCGGGACCAGCGUCAGGGGCACGGGGUGCUCUGCCGCGCCGACGGCUCCACCUACCAGGGACAGUGGCACAGCGACGUCUUCAGUGGACUGGGCAGCAUGGCUCACUGCUCUGGGGUCGUCUACCGUGGAAUGUGGAUCAACGGCCACCCAGCAGCACAAGCCACAAGGAUCGUGAUUCUGGGUCCGGAGGUGAUGGAUGUGGCCCCAGGAACUUCCUUCUCCUUGAGGGUUCAGCUGCAGCAGGACGACGGGGAAGUUGCCAAGAGUGAGGAUGGCCGGGUUUUAAAGAUCUCAGCGGGCGUCAGAUACGUGCAGCUCCCAGCCUACUCGGAGGUCAGCUUCUUCCAAGUGGACGAGGACAACCAGGAGAUGCCCAUCCAGACCCCGUUUGGGUUUGAGUGCAUCGCCUAUCCUUUGUCCAGCCCCAAGUCUGGGGCCCUGGAACCCAGAGCUGCCCUGGAAAGUGCCGGAGCCGACUCGCCGCUCCCCAAGGGAGACCUGGAGCCGGUGCUGGCAUCAGACACCUUGCGUGGCCAGGAGGACACCCCCGGCGGCCUGCCUGGUGAGUGGAGUUGGCCAACUGGUCGUCGGUGGAUGGCACAAACACUUAGGGGUGCAUGGGGUGACAGCAGGUGCCCCAGAACCCAGGCCGGAAAAAAAUGAAAUUGACCCCUGAGAACCGGCACAGUGACCUGGAAGAGACGGGACAUCCCAAGAGGACAGUGCCCAGGCCGGAACAGGCCUUGGCCGGAAAGCGAGCAGGACCCUCCUCCACAGGGCCAGUCACCAUGGCGAUGGGUUAGAAGGCAGGCUGGGGGCUGCCCUUCCUGAGCGUCCAGGCCGCUGGUGUGCAGGUCCUCACCGUGCCGACGUGGGGGAAGGGCAGUCACAGCGGGCGGCCACGGUGGCUGUCCUGUGCUCUCCACAUGCAGAUCCUGUCGUUGCUGUAAAUGCAAAGUGAGGUUGUUUUGUCCGUCUACCAUGAGCUGGCCGGUGGGAUGCAGCCCCCUGGCCUGAUGGUCUCAGAGCUGUCUCUGGGUCCAUCAGGCCAAGGCCUGGGCCUGGAGGGUGAUAAACUCCCCAAGGCCUCUGCCACCAUGAGGCCUGUGGUCAGCCUGGACAGGACACCCGAUGGCUCCUGCCAUGUAGGCCCCCGACCUAGGUGACCCCCCGGCUCUGUGGGGAGCCUGCGGCCUGACUGGUCACGUGUAUUUGCCUGGUUUUCUGGCUGAUUCUACUUCUGCCCGGAGCACACAGUCAGACAGCAUCUCCACGUGCACUCAGUCCCCAGUUCUUCCUGGAGACGCAGCUCCCGGUGCCCAGGCAGAGCCCCCCAGCCACAGGUCGGGCAGGCGAAAACCUGCUUCCGUAGAAUGCUCAGUCUCCUUCACCACAGAUUGUUCUGAAACUAUUCCCAGAACUGGUGCUGGAGCUCAGGGGUUGAAUCAGAGUUGAAUCACCAGUUUGUUGUGCUCGGGGACAUUGAAUCCUCCCAUACAACUCAUGUGGCAGAACCACCACUGGCAUCUUAACAGGGGCAGCCUUUGAGUUACCAUCCCAGCCGGGCGUCGGCCAUGGGGUCCCCCCGGCCCCUGUGCUGUCGCUUCAGGAGACACAGCUGCACCCUGAUCCUUCGGGACCAUGACAAGGGGAGUGGGGUCGCUCAGUAAACGGGGCUCGGGGGUCCCCGCUGGGCUAAUUCACCCACACUUUAGCAUUGAGGCCUUCGCACUCUCCUCAGCCCUUUGAGGAGGCCCCCGUCCCCCAGUUAGGAGUCCAGCCCUGGGCGCUGCCAGGUCAGGGGACAGACUUGCAGGUUCCCGUCACGGAGCAAAAGGGGGCGGAUGUGAACAGUCCAGACCGAGGCUGGACGAGGGGGCAGUGGAGGCUGGGUCCUUUCCUCCUCCUGGGGCUGCAAGCCUGAGGGGCCAUGGGGCCCUGAGCGCCAGGCUGAGUGAAGCCCAGCUAGCUGGUCAGCCCGGCGGAUCCAAGGGAACCUGGGGGCCUGGCCCACGACCCCCGCGUCUGCGUUCACCUCAGUUUAUAAAAGCAAUUUUACGCCAUGUCGGCGGAACAGCUCUCAUAUUUCUGCAUAAAAACACUCGCUGGGCGCCACGCCUUCACUUGGAGGGAUUUCAGAGCCAGUAACGAGGUCUCAGUCUCGAUGGAAACCAGGCCCUGGAAUGCGAGGCCCCACGUCUGCUCCUCGCUGUGUGGUGCCAGGGGCUCACACUUGCCAAGGUCACCAGCCUCACAUGCCGCCCGCUGUGCAGGUGGGGGCCCACUGCUCGGGCGCGGGGCCAGGUGGGGGCCACUGCAACCUGAGAGGUUCCAGCUCUGCUGGGAUGUAGAAAGUCACCUGUGGGGAGGCUGAGGGGACACGUCUUUGGUUUUGUGAGACCUGCGCGGGUCUGAGCCUUCAGCCUCCCGGGUUUGAUGCUGAGCCCCGCAGGCGUCUCAGCCGCCUGGUAAAGGCUCCCUGGCCAAAUCGGAGGCCUAAUCAGAGGGCCCUGGGUCCUCUGCCAGGUGCAUCUGGGGACCAACCAUGAGAGGUGGGGCUGCUGCUUCUCCACCAUUUUCUAGCUGGACCUCCCUGUGCCUCAGUUUCCUCUUCUGUAAAAUGAGGGUAUAACAGCGUCUGCCUCCAGGACUGCUGACCGAGUGCCUCUCUGCACCUCCGCCUGGCUCCUGUCCCCAUCCCGGGGUCUGACCCCAGAAGCGCACACUGAGAAGGGAGGAGGAGCCCCCUGGGGGAGAGGGGUCAGGGAGGUGGGCUCCACUCUGCUUUCACUUCUCUUAAAACUGGUCAUUUCAGGCCGGCCCCGUGGCUUAGCGGUUAAGUGUGCGUGCUCCGCUGCUGGCGGCCCAGGUUCGGAUCCCAGGCGCGCACCAACACGCCGCUUCUCCGGCCAUGCUGAGGCCACGUCCCACAUACA